CACAGGAACGGACACCUUAUCUCAUUCACCUCCUGAUCAAAGAUGGAUCUGCAAAUCUCACUUUUUCUUCUGUGUAUUCUUUUCACUGCAGGACACUCUCUCAACUGUUAUGACUGCACAAGUCUGACGGGAUCUUGUACCCAGACAAGUCAGUGUUCCAUUUGGUUACCCAACUGCUUGAGCGCAGCAGUUACUGUCAACAGUACUACACUGACGUAUAGAAGUUGUGCUCCAUCUGUCUGUCCAAGUGGAUCCAUCAACCUCGGCAUUGGAAGAGGCUCUGCUAAGUGCUGUAACACUGCUCUCUGUAACAACCAAGAUGCUCCAGAUCCCACUAGUGCUCCCAAUGGAAAGAAAUGUUACUAUUGUGAUGGGAAUACCUGCUCAAACACAGUGAGCUGUUCAGGGACUGAAGACCGCUGCUUUAAUACAACAUUCCAGUCACAGGUUAUAAAAGGCUGUGUCUCUAAAUCUCUUUGUGAUGUCCCACAACUGCUUGGUUCGGGAAGUUUCUCGUGUUGUGAGGGGAACCUGUGUAACAGUGCUAAUGGUGUCACUCAGAGCUUCCUGUUCCUCUGCUGUUCUCUGCUCUCCUUCAUCCUGCUGCACUGAAUCCAGCAGAUCUUCACAUUCUGCAGCUGCAGAAAAUAUUUUUAUAGGGGACAUCAGAUUCCCAAGUUAGUAUGAUUAUUCAGGGUCUUUUAGGGUCUGUCUGGAGAAAAUGAAGACUAUGCCAGUUUCACACUGCAAGCCUGAGCUUCGUGUCAGUACUUCAUUGUUUUCAGUGGUUGUGUCCACACACUGCUAAGAUACAUUUAUAUGAAUUUUGCAUCUGAUGUCCCUUUAAUAUGUAUUUAUACUCUUGAGGUGAAGAGGGAAAAGGUGAUAAAUCUGUAACUCAAGUCUACUUGAGCCUCAUGUUAUGAUGUGUUGUUGGUAUACACAGUGUCUUCAGUCAUCUUUCUCAUUGUGCUCUACACAAAUAUAUUUU